AUGCGCGGCGGCAGCGAGCCGAAGCGCUUCGCUGUAGGCCCUUCAGACUCUGUGUACGUGCCGUGGCCGGAUGACCCCCUAGGCGAAGCCGAAGGUGCCCAAGUUUGUGUCCGCGCUCGUGGCGCCGACUCCGAGACGCCCUGGUCCGACCGGGUCCACGUCGAGACGGGGGCUAACAGACAAGGGUGGAUUCCGCAUGCCUGGAAGCGGUUGAAAGGGCCCGGCGAAGUAGUGCUGACUGACAGAUCCAGUGCCAAGUCCAACCAUUUCGUCAUCGCGAGCGGUCAAGCACACAGCAUGCUUCAGCACAAGAUCCAGCUCCAGGCGGCUGUCUCACCAACCAUGCCGCUCGAGGCGUCCACCACCAGCACGGCCCGGAAGCGUAUCCGCCGAGACAGCGUGGGAGCUUCGUCCGCCAUGGUGAGAGACAUUGGGAGCCCAGAUGACCAAGGCAGCCCGUCACGAGCAAAACCCAGGCCGGAUCGCCGCAGCACCCGCAGCACCCGCACUCGGCCGCCGCUCGAAAGGUGCAAAUGCAAGCCACGAUGGCGAUGCCGACUGGACGCUGCAAGCCACGAUGGCGAUGCCGACUGGACGCUGUUACGUUACCGUAUGCGAAUGGCGGAGGGGGAAAGAGACAGUCGGCGUCAGGGCAACAGUCGACGUCAGGACAACAGUCAGCACUCGACAUGGCUCGCCAGAGUUGGUGUGGUCGGCUGCUCAGCCGCAAGCACACCAACGGAUGCAAAGGCUAGACAUUCGGCCACGCGGCGCCGUCUCGCGAUUGGGGCGAGUCCGCCUGCCAGGCGGAGCAGAGCCCGUAAGCUGGGGAAGUGGAUGACGCUGCCGUUGGCGCUAGACCCGAUCGGCCGAAGGAUGCACCCAACGACCACAGACACGACUGAAAAUAGCAACGCCAGGUGGCUUGCCAAGUGGCUUGCUGGCCCGCUGGUCGCGGUGUUUAAGCUUCCCCCAUGUGCUCAGCUUGUCCCCAUCGGGAGUCGCGUUGGCCGUCGAGUCCACCGAGGAUAUUCGUAA